CAAUUCCUUCUGGAUAAAGCACAACCCAUCCAAACAAAUCCACACACAAGCCUCUCAUUUUCUCUCUACACUAAACAAAUUUUUACACAUCAAAACUCUAUUAAUAGAAGCGAUCGCCGCGUCCAGCGCUUCCUUUAUAUUCACUAUCUUGAAAGAAUUUCCCGAGAACAAACGAAUCUUUGCCUAUUUUUCAUAACUCAUCCUCGAGAACUCUGUGUGUGGAUAAAAGUUUGUGUUGGUCCACUUUCUUCCAUUUUAUCGAAACCCAAAAUCACGCUGGUCUUAACAUCUCUAAACUCCCUAUCUACACAGAGAGAUAAUUAGCCAAGGUUGUCAAAUUUUUCAAGGUUUAAGAUUUCUGUUAAGAAUCUAAUAAUCAAGAAAUCGAUAAAAAUGAUGCGAAGACAGAAUCAAGAUCAACAAUCUCGUGUACUCGACGAGCUAUCAGCGUUAGUAUUCAAUCUCCUCCGUUCACCAUCGACGCCGAUCUCGUUUUCUGAUCAGUUUCCGGUGCCCUCCACGUCGGUGAGGAGGAGGUUGCCGGGAAUAACGCCAGGGGGGUUCGCGUCGUUGUUAUUAGGGAUAUCGUUGGCUUUGAUGUUAUGUGGAUCGGUUACCUUUUUUAUUGGGUUUUUGUUGAUGCCUUGGGUUCUUGGAUUGGUUAUGGUGUUUUAUGUUGCUGGGAUUGUUUCUACUGUCUCCAUGCUGGGCCGCUCUAUUCUUUGUUACGCCACGACUCCUUCUCCUCGAAAGGAGAGUCCUGGAGUUAUAUUUUGGGAUUUUGGAAACCAUGUUGGAUAGAAGAUGUUUUCUUCGGAAGAAAAUUCCCUCAUUUCUGGAGCUAGAAUGACAAGAUUUCUCGAACCAAUUCUUUAAAACACAUUAUCAUUCAUUUCAUCCUGUCUAUCUCUUUCCGUUCUGCAUGGAAACUUUUGUGAAUGCAAAGUGGUUCAGAGAGCUGAACUGUAUACGGGAGUAUUGAGCAGCACUAAUGUUCUAGUGAAUGGUGCUGCGUAUAUAUGAAAUUACCCAGCUUUUUCAUGAAUUGACAGGAAUUGUGGAUAACUGUGUUUCCUGAUGGCUUAAAAUUGUGGAUAUGACUUAUUUUAUCAAUUAGAAAUGGUGAAUAUUAAGGUCUUAAGAACUUGUGUAAUGAAUUCUUACUUGUGGGAGGAAAUGGGAGAGUUGUUCCCGGGUUCUUUCUGAUAUUUAUUCAGCAAUAUAUCAGCAUUACCAUUUUAUCUUA